CUGUUUAAAAAUUGAUUUACGUCACUGCCCCUGCAGGCUGCAAACAAGCCUAGUGCUCGGUUGCGAAUAAACAAAAGAGAGUCAAACCCCGACAGCGAACUGUGACGACAACAAGGCUUGCAUAAUGAAAAUCUGGACGUCGGAACACAUAUUCAACCACCCAUGGGAGACGGUUACACAGGCGGCAUGGCGGAAAUAUCCCAAUCCCAUGACGCCCUCAAUAAUUGGGACUGACGUAGUCGAGCGCCAAGUCAUCGACGGCGUUCUGCACACACAUCGCCUCGUUCAAUCCAAAUGGUAUUUCCCGAAGUGGACGCACGCGCUGAUAGGCACCGCAAAGUCGUGCUUUGCCAGCGAACGCUCGACGGUGGAUCCAAAAACCAGGCAGAUGGUGCUGAAGACAAAUAAUCUCACAUUCUGCCGGAACAUUAGCGUCGACGAGGUGCUUUACUACGAACCACAUCCCGCAGAUGCCAGCAAAACGCUGCUGAAACAGGAGGCCACAGUAACUGUCCACGGCGUGCCGCUAUCGCACUACAUGGAAGACUUACUCACAUCCACGAUUAGCUCAAACGCUGGCAAGGGACGCCAAGGCUUGGAAUGGGUGAUCGGACUGAUCAACACUGAGGUUAAAGGUAUUGCUGAGUCAGCCGCACGGGGAACAGAUGAGCUGAUAUGCACUACGAGGCGCUCCAUUGACGAAGUCACAGAAAGUGCCAGAAAGGGCAUGGAUGAGAUCAGCGUGCAGGCAUCCAAGGCGGCAAAAGCGAUGCACAUAACAUAGGUUUCGAUGCAGGGGCUGUCAAGUAAAGCAAUUUUAUUGUAACCGCAAGAUACGCUGUUUUUUUAGUACAAUUCGAUUGUUUCUUCGAAUUCCAUGAUAUAUUUUAUACAACACACAAUUGUUAUCAGUCUUGAACUGAAAUUGAUAAGAUUGGCGGGCAUAGACUACCACAUCCGUGCGAAUAGAAUAGGAGCUGCAAUGCAACAAUCCACUAAAAACCUAUACUGUCAAACUAUUUAUUCAAAUCAAUUUAAGUCUAAGGUUUAUAAAAUGCCACAGCAAACAUGGGAGGAGAAGAGCAAACAUUAAAAGCGACAAUUUGCAUACAAAUGCGUUUCAAGUUCAAA